UACGUAAACUGUCUAUGUCAAAUUUUGACAGCUAUGAGAUGGUGUAAAUAAUUUGAUUUUCGUUAUUCCUACAUUUUGGAUAAAACUUUGACCUAAACCUAAACAAAAUGAAUAGAAAUGUUAUAAUUUUAAGAAAUUUGAUCAAACCUAACAGAUUUCAUCAGCCCUACUGUACAGAGAUUAAAGAAAAUGAACCAAUAAAAUUCUCCACAAGCAAUGCAGCAAAACGGAGUCUCCCUUCAGUAUUUAGAAAUAAAAAAGCUGAUAGUAUGCCUUGGUACCAACCAUACAGCGUUGUAGGCAGCGUUGCUGUCUUUUUAUUUUACUUCUGUGUGCUGCGGGAAGAAAAUGAUGUUGAUAAGGAGUUUACAAAAACAUUGUACGAAAGGGUCAAAGGUUUAGAAAAGGAACAAUUGCUAAUCAGUUACAAGUUUAACAAAGAAAAUGGCUUAAGUGUUGCAGAUAUUGAGAAGAGACUAAAAGAAAUAGAAAUAGAAGAGGCAAAACUUGCAGCAUAGUUUAAGAUAAAUGUUGAUUUAGUAGGUUUAAUAUAAUUUAUUGCUUAAAAGAAUAUAUAAAAAAAAAUUACAUAAU